GCCUUUUGCUCGUUGUAUUUCCACCCACUGUACACUCUGUAGUCUGAAGCCACCGCCAGCGCCAUGGAGGAUCGCCCGGAAGACUCUUUCCAUGACUGGGAGAUCCUCCCAGAUCAUGAAUUCGGUUCUUCCCGUCGUAUCAAAGAACCCAAAAAUCACGAAAACGCGGGAUUUGUCGGCGGCAAUUCCGGCGGUAUUGGUAUGAUGGAAGUGAAACCCCAGUACUCCAGUUCCGAUCCCGCAGCAGAUCUCGUGGGGCCCCAGAAGGCGUCCGCAGAAGACGCUUUCGCGGUUGCUCCGGAGUCGGAAGGUCUCAACUUGGUCGAUCCUUGUUUGGAGUCUUGCGGCGGACAGAUGGCCGUGGAGACGGAGUGUCUGGAGGAAGGGAUAGAGGAGAAAUGCUCGGACCCCGGCGAUUUUUUAGCCGAGAGCGAUGUCUCCGAGCCGGAAAAGUUGGAAGGAGAAAUGGGUACUCAUUGCUGUGAGGAGGGGCAGGAGGUUGGAGGCGGUCCCGAUUCUGGAGGGAUCGGAGAAGGUGAAUUCCCGGUUGCUGAAGAAGGGAGCAAGGAGAGGGCUUGGUGGAUGUUCCCUUUCCAAUUCGCGAAAGUGUUUGUGUCGAGGCUGAGCCCGUUUUGGUCUCUUUCCGUUGGCGUCGUGGCUAUGGGGUUUCUUAUGCUCGGAAGAAGAUGGUACAAGGCUAAGCGCGUGAUCAAGAGUUCCCCUAUCACAAUCUGCGUGGAAGAUAAGCAGAGGGCUUCUCAGUUCAUGACACAAGCAGCAAGACUCAAUGAAGCCUUUUCUGUGGUAAGGUGUGUACCAGUGAUCAGAUCAUCGGUGCUGUCAACAGGUGCUUCUUCUUGGCCAGCUAUUGCGUUGAAAUGAGGUAUUCCUACAAUCGGCAACUUCUUCGGGGCUCAUGUCCCAUGGUGAAGUUUGUUUCCCUCACCAGAUUAUAGCUGCUACUUGCUGGUGCUUUUAGUACCUGGGUGGAAAGAACGUGGUCUAUCAGAAAAUUGAAACUGUAUGACGUGUAUAUCUAUAUAUGUAUAGAGAGAUUCUCGUGUACUCUGCCUGUCUAGACAAUCUAUAUUUUGUAUCUAGUCUGCUUGAAUAUGUAUCUGAUGAGGUUGUUGAACCUUCUCUC